CGCGCUGGUGCUAAUAAGUAGUCCAGAACACGUAUUCCCGCAGAGCUCUGCUUAGGCGUAUCUCGUCCGAGAUACGGUGUCAAGUCAGGAAGGCUUCGGAAAUUAAUGGGGCGUCUGACGCGAACGACUGGCCUGUACCGCGCGAGGUCAGAGCUAUGGCGACAAAAGCACAGAUAUUUGAUUUCGGAUGAUGGACGAAGCGUAAGUGCGGUUUGGCGGAGCCGGGAAAGAAAAGAAAAUGGGACGAGCAGUAUGUCGAUGGAAAGGGAAGCGUCUGGCAAGAUUUGCAGACGAGUUCGCUGAUGGAUGCCAGUGAGGAGUGGAUCAGGCUCAGCGCACUCUCAGGGAGCCGUUCUAUGGCGAGCCGUAGGAGCGCUCGCUUUCUCUGCUAGGCGCAGAGGCGACGGCGAGUGCAGAUAAGUCCAAAGGCGGAAGAUUUUCGUCUGACUGCUCGACGCAUUCGAUGCCAGCUGCAGUUCGUGACACGGAUGGAGGAGUUCAGGCAGAUGGCUGUUCUGCGAGCUGCUGACCGCCGUGACAUUGGAUCCCCUGAUAUCGGGAAGUGCUCGGCAGCUCUCGCGCAAGUUCCCUCGGCAAAUGACGAGCGAGAGAUCCCUGCUCCCGUAUCUACCGCCAACGGGCGCUGCCCGCUGCACCCUUUGCAUGCAACUCGUCGGAAAGAUUCAGUGCCAAUGUGCCGAGGCAGGCUGCGCCCGCACACGAACGGUGAGAGAGAAAGGUGAACGAGAACAAGUGUAGCCCCGAAGGACGAACUCCGAAAAAAGAGAGAAAUAAACAAAGUCAAAAGACCAGAGUACUCGCUGGCCGGGCGUCUACACCGUACGACACUCUGCAUGUCCAAGCGUUUGUCUCGGACGGAGCACUGACUGACUCCCUGACCGUGUUAUCCUCAUGUGAAACCACUGCGCAUCAGCGGUGCCGCCAUGUGGUUGGGUCAGGAGCUACAGACGCCUCCCUCCCUUAGCGACGUCUUUCUGUCAGGACAAUCCACAUGGUGACCGCACCCGUCCUCGGUCAUGCCUUGGUUCCACUUGGUUGCCUACUUCGUUCCCCUAACUCGGUGCCCCAUCCUUUUUAUGGUUUUAAUUUGGACUUUAGGCACUAGGCUCCCCUUCCGGUCCUCAAGUUGGAUCUUGAACUUGGAAAAUAUGGUCGUGAUUUGGAGAGUGAGUUAAGGACAAAAAAAAAGUGCAUCAAUUUUGCUGACAGAAUUUGUACACUAAAAAUAGGAUUAAGAAAUGCUAACAGAUGAAGAUUCUUCCAAUUGAUUAAUUCCCACGUUUGUCCAACACGUGUAUAUAUGAAUCUAUGUAUAUACAAUGUUUUCAACUUAUGACAUCUAAACAGUUUUGAUUCGAGAUUCAGUCAUGAUGGAACCAAUUGCUGUAGUUUGUUCGCUCUACAUCCAAGGCAUUCUACAUCGGUCUAGACAUAUGUUCAUUUACGGCUUUCAAGCAGGCAACUUCAGUCUAAAGUAAAAACAGCAAGUAUUUAUUGUAUCGAUUUUUUGUUGCAAAGUCUCGACCUUUCCACUUCAUAUCUAAAGUUUGGAGAAGCCUCUUAGCAGGUUCUUGCGUCAAAUUACUAUCUUAGGUUGAGAUAACAUAAAACGAGAGUCAUAUUUGUGGUACAUUCUAAAAUAUAUGUUCUUAGAUCUAACCUAUUGUAACAUGUUUAUAUAUAUAAGUUUAGACUAGGAAAACAUGCAUCACAUAGUCUGCAUGAAACAUACAUGGUUCUGGUUCAGGUUCAGACUGCGUACACGGUCACACAGGAUGACUUUGGUGAAAACUUUAUGAUACAUAUUAGAUUUUUAUUCCAGUGUCACAGAUCACGAGUGUCACAUAUGGCGUCUCCUAGUACUUUAAUAUAGGCAAUGCGAGCCUCAAUUUAGCUAGUCAGACUCACUAGAGUUGCUCCUAGCACAAACAGAGUUAAAUUUUUUCUAUUCUUUUUUCAAAGUUUGCGAAAAUUAGAAUGGU